AUGCCUUUUCCAGUGAAACAGCUUCGUGCUCCGCAGCAGCGAAGCUCCAAAUCCAAAACCGAAAUCCCCAAUCCCCCCCAUUCCCCGAAUUCCCCAAUCCAUCGCGAAUCCGAUGAAGAACCCUAACCCUCCUCACCCCAAGCACUCCUCCUCCUCCGCCGCCGCCGCCGCGAUGGCGCCCCGCAAGUCGCGCUGGGGCCCGCCGCCGCCCGCCGGGGAGAAGGGGGCGGGGGCGGCGUCCACCUCCGCGCGCACCCCGACCCCGACCCCGUCUACGGCCGGCGACCCCAGGCGGCAUCCGCCUCCUCCUGGCCCUGGCGCGCGCAACCCCGCCGCGUCGUCGGCCGCCGCCUUCCGUCCUCCGCCGCAGCCGCAGCAGCAGCCGCGGGUGGAGACCCCUCCCCCGCCGUCGUACGGCUUCCACAACCUGGACCGCCGCACCAUGCUCCUCGCCGACGGCAGCGUGCGCACCUACUUCGCCCUGCCGCCUGAUUACCCCUUCGAGCUCACCCCUCUGCCCCAGCUCCCGCACCUCCCGCGCGGGGCCGGCCAUGAAGUCUGGCCGCCGCAUCACCCGCCGCCGCCGCCGCAGCAGCAGCAGCUGCAGCUGGCGCAGCACGACGCCAAGCGGAAGCACCUCGCCGAGCACGACGAGGGCUUCCACAGCAGGCACCCCAAGCAACCCCGGUUCGAGGCGGCACCGCCGCAGCAGCAGCAGCUGCCACCGCAUGCCGCGGUGGACCGGCACGCGCUCAGGAGGGCGUUUCUCAAGUACGCCAAGAUGCUCAACGAGAGCGCGGCGCAGAGGCGGAGCUACCUUGAAGGUGGACGCGUCCCCUGCCUUGCCUGCGGCAGGUCUUCUAAGGACUUUGCUGAUGUGCAUGGACUUGUCAUGCAUGCUUACAACCCACCAAAUGUGGAUUCAUUCAUUGACCAUCUUGGUUUGCACAAGGCACUAUGCGUCCUUAUGGGAUGGGAUUAUACAAAAGUCCCUGAAAAUUCUAAGGCAUACCAGUCAUUGCUCCCUGACCUUGUUCAAGCAAGUAGGGAGGACCUUAUCAUAUGGCCACCAACUGUUAUCAUUCACAACACUGCUACAGGGAGGAAGAAAGAUGGCCGCGCUGAGGGUUUGGGGAAUAAAGAAAUGGAUAAGAAAAUUUCAGAACUAGGUUUUGCUGGUGGCAAGUCGAAGUCCUUGUAUGGAAAGGAAGGGCACUUGGGUUUGACACUUAUCAAGUUUGCAAACAGCCCAGCUGGCUUGAAGGAGGCUGAGCGCCUUGCUGAUUUCCUUGAGAGGCAAGAUCAUGGACGUAUUGGUUGGUUGCAUGCACGAGCCAACCAGUCUGUAGGUUCUGAUAAUAGCCCUUUACUGGUUGAAACAGAUAACAGGACAGGCGAGAAAAGGAGGAUACUUUAUGGGUACCUAGCAAUUUCAUCUGAUAUGGAUGAAUUAGACUCUGAUUCAAGGAAAAGGGCUUCCCUCAAGAGCAAGAGAGAAUUUGACCCAUCUGAUUAGCCUCUUCUCACAAAAGCACAUCUCCUUGUCAGUUUAUUUAAUUCAAGCGACGCUUCUGUACCUUCUCUUAAAUGCUGGUUUACAAAAUAUGCUGCUGUGCACUAGAAAUAUUACCUUUGAAAAUAGUACCUGCACUUAGGAUGAUUGUCAUCGUUAUUGCUCGAAGCUACAUAUCUCAGCAAGUGUUUUCUGAAAGCGUCCAUUGCUUACUGAUUGAAUGGUUGUCCUGAAGAGUAUUUAUUCUUCCAAUUUUAUGAUUA